UGCUCACAAUGGGGCUGCGGAGUAGGGGCGCUGCUGGCCUGGGAGGCAGCGCCGCGCCCGGGCGAGCCGGAGAGCGCGCAGCUGCUGCAGAGCGGGUCGGACGCAGAAGCGGAGAGCAGCCGAAGGGCUCCCCGCCCCAGUCAAAGUGCGGGGGCCCUGGAACACCGAGGCCUCCGCCUGUCACCUCUGCCUGUCACCUCCGUCCGCCACCUCCACCGUCUCCUCCCCUUGCUGAGGUCCACUCGGUCCCUCCCCUGGGCCGCCCAGAGCACCAAGUUGGCGGGAGCCUAUAAAAGCCGGAC